ACGGGUGUUUGUGUUGGAAAAUCCAACUGCGCCACGGGGCGGAGCGGCCCCCCCAGCCCCGGCCUGGGAGAGGGGGGGGGCCGCUCGAGCCCCUGAGGGACCCUGGGGACCCUGAACACCUGGGACCCCCAGAACCAGGUUCCCCCAGGCACCAUGCCAGCCCCAUAGCACCGCCCCCCUCACCCACCGUGGUCUGCUGCACACCAUUGCUGGGGUGCCGGUUCCAAUGAGACAGGGGCACACCACACUCCAGCUGCCAGGCUGUUACUGAGGCGGAGACACGGGUGAUGAUUGGCCUUCGGGGGAGAGAGGAGGUCCUGUGAUUGGCCAGAUCCCUGGAGCUCGCCGACGCCGUGAGAGGACGCUCCCACCCGGGCCGGAAUUGGCUGUGAAAAACCCUGGGCGUCCAACAGGGGGCAGUGGGCAGGUCUUGUCAGAGCCGCUGGAGCUGGACCAUCCCCCCCGCAAGAGCUGGGGCAGGGGGCCGUGCCCGAUCUCCAGGGCUCCUGGGGCCACUGCUGACCUGGCUGGAUGCAUCGGGCAGUGGAUCCUCCAGGGGCCCGCGCUGCACGGGAAGCCUUUGCCCUUGGGGGCCUGAGCUGUGCCGGGGCCUGGAGCGCCUGCCCGCCCCAUCCCCCUCCUCGUGGCGCAUGGCUGCCUGGAGGCAGGUGCUCAGCCAGCAUCGGGCAGCCCCCCCUCUCUGUUCCCCUAACCCCUUCACAUGGCAGUAGCUCCGGGCACCCCAACAAACCAUAUUAUGCCCCAGGGACGCCCACCCAGAGACCCCUCCAUGGGAAGCUGGAAUCCCUGCAUGGCUGUGUGCAGGUAUUGCUGCGAGAGCCGGCCCAGCCAGGGCUGUGGGAACAGCUCGGGCAGCUGUACGAAUCAGAGCACGACAGUGAGGAGGCCAUACGCUGCUACCACAGCGCCCUUCGAUAUGGAGGAAGCUUCGCUGAGCUGGGGCCCCGCAUCGGCCGACUGCAGCAGGCUCAGCUCUGGAACUUUCAUGCCGGCUCCUGCCAGCACCGAGCCAAGGUCCUGCCCCCUCUGGAGCAAGUGUGGAACUUGCUGCACCUUGAGCACAAGCGGAACUAUGGAGCCAAGCGGGGUGGUCCCCUGGUGAAGCGAGCCGCUGACCCCCCAGUGGUGCAGCCUGUGCCUCCCGCAGUACUGUCAGGCCCCUCGGGGGAGGAGGGCCUUAGCCCUGGAGGCAAGCGCAGGAGGAGCUGCAACUCUGAGCAGACUGGCCUUCCCCCAGGGCUGCCACUGCCACCGCCACCACUACCACCACCACCACCACCACCACCUCCCCCACCCCCACCACCCCUGCCUGGCCUGGCCACCAGCCCCCCAUUUCAGCUGACUAAGCCAGGGCUGUGGAACACCCUGCAUGGAGAUGCCUGGGGCACCGAGCGCAAGGGUUCAGCACCCCCAGAGCGCCAGGAGCAGCGGCACUCGCUGCCUCACCCGUAUCCAUACCCAGCUCCAGCAUACCCCGCACAUCCCCCCAGCCACCGGCUGGUCCCGGCCGCACCCCCAGGCCUGGGCCCCCGCCCCCCAGGAGCAGAGAGCCAUGGCUGCCCGCCUGCAUCCCGUCUCCCCGGAAGUGACCUUAGAGAGAGCAGAGUUCAGAGGUCGCGGAUGGACUCCAGCGUUUCACCAGCAGCAACCACCGCCUGUGUGCCUUACGCCCCUUCCCGGCCCCCCGGCCUCCCCGGCACCAGCAGCAGCAGCAGCAGCAGCAGCAACACCGGUCUCCGGGGCACGGAGCCCAGCCCAGGCACUCCCGGCGCUGAUCAUUACCAAACACCGGCACUGGAGGCCUCCUCUCACCAGGGCCGCCUGGGGCCCUCGGCACACGGCAGUCGGAAACCAUUCCUGGCGGCCCCUGCUGCCACUACCCACCUGUCCCUGCCACCAGGGCCCUCCUCGUCCCCUCUACCCCCCUGUCCCCGCUUCCUACGCCCCCCACCCCCCUCUGCCUGGCUGAAGGGCCUGGCCUGCCGGGCAGCCCGAGAAGACGGAGAGAUGUUAGAGGAGCUCUUCUUUGGGGCUGAAGGAACUCCCUGCCCUCCCCUGCCCCCCCUCCCCCACCGUGAGGGCUUCUUGGGGCCUCCAGCCCCCCGCUUUUCUGUGGGCACUCAGGGUUCGCACACCCCUCCCACUCCCCCAACCACCAGCAGCAGCAGCAGCGGCAGCCACAGCAGCCCUCCUGGGCCCUUUCCCCCACCUCCCUACCUGGCCAGAAGUGUGGACCCCCUUCCCCGGCCCCCCAGCCCAUCUUUGAGCCCCCAGGACCCACCCCUUGCCCCACUGACUCUUGCUCUGCCUCCAGCCCCCCCCCCCUCCUGCCACCAGAAUACCUCAGGAAGCUUCAGGCGACCGGAGAGCCCCCGGCCCAGGGUCUCCUUCCCAAAGACCCCCGAGGCGGGGCCGGGGCCUCCCCCGAGCCCCCUGAGUAAAGCCCCCCAGCCUGUGCCACCCGGGGUCGGGGAGCUACCUGCCCGAGGCCCGCGACUCUUUGAUUUCCCUUCUACCCCACUGGAAGACCAGUUUGAGGAGCCAGCCGAGUUCAAGAUCCUCCCUGACGGGCUGGCCAACAUCAUGAAGAUGCUGGAUGAAUCCAUCCGCAAGGAGGAGGAGCAGCAGCAGCAGGAGACAGGCGGGGGCCUCCCGCCCCCCCUGAAGGAGCCCUUUGCAUCUCUGCAGUCUCCAUUCCCCACUGACACAGCCCUAACCACCACCGCUGCUGCCACCACCCCCACUCCCCUCACCACCACCCAGGAAGAGGAGAAGAAGCCACCACCAGCCCUGCCACCACCACCGCCUCUAGCCAAGUUCCCUCCGCCCCCCCAGCCACAGCCGCCGCCACCCCCACCGCCCCCACCACCCCCACCGCCGCCAGCCAGCCCGGCCAGCCUGCUCAAAUCCUUGGCCUCUGUGCUGGAGGGACAAAAGUACUGCUACCGGGGGACUGGAGCAGGCGUUCCCACCCGGCCUGGGCCCUUGCCCGCCACUCAGUAUUCCCCUGGCCCCCCAUCAGGUGCUACCGCCCUGCCACCCACCUCCGCGGCUCCCAGCGCCCAGGGCUCGCCAAAGCCCUCUGCUUCCUCGUCAUCUCAGUUCUCUACCUCAGGUGGACCCUGGGCCCGGGAGCGCAGGGUGGGCGACCAACCAGCCCCAGGCCCCGCCACCCCUACCCCACCGCCACCCCCCAGCCUGCCGCUACUCCCUGCCCGCUCUGAGUCCGAGGUGCUAGAAGAGAUCAGCCGGGCUUGUGAAACCCUUGUGGAGCGGGUGGGCCGGAGUGCCACAGACUUGGCGGACACAGUGGACAGAGCAGAUCCAGCCGAUAGUGGGGCUGAGAGGCUGCUUCCUCCUGCCCGGGCCAAGGAGGAGAGUGGGGGGGGCAGCGCUGCGGCAGGGCCAGGCAGCGGCAAGCGGCGGCAGAAGGAGCACCAGAAGGAGCACCGGCGGCACAGGCGGGCCUGCAAGGACAGCGUGGGUCGGCGGCCCCACGAGGGCAGGGCCAAGGCCAAGGCCCCCAAAGAAAAGAGCCGCCGGGUGCUGGGCAACCUGGACCUGCAGAGCGAGGAGAUCCAGGGUCGCGAGAAGGCCCGGCCUGAGCUUGGGGGGGCCUCCAAGGCCAAGCAGCCCACGGCUCCCGCUCCCACCCUGGGGCCCGCACCCUCUGCCCAGCCCGCACCCCCGGCAGCCCCUGUCACCGGGAAGAAGGCUCGGGAAGAAGCCCCAGGGCCACCAGGGGUCAGCCGGGCUGACAUGCUUAAGCUUCGCUCGCUUAGCGAGGGGCCCCCCAAGGAGCUGAAGAUCCGGCUCAUCAAGGUAGAGAGUGGUGACAAGGAGACCUUCAUCGCCUCCGAGGUAGAGGAGCGGCGGCUGCGCAUGGCGGACCUCACCAUCAGCCACUGUGCCGCCGACGUCGUGCGCGCCAGCAAGAAUGCCAAGGUGAAAGGGAAGUUUCGAGAGUCCUACCUGUCGCCUGCCCAGUCCGUGAAACCGAAGAUAAACACUGAGGAGAGGCUGCCCCGGGAGAAACUCAGCCCACCCACUCCUAGCAUCUAUCUGGAGAGCAAACGGGACGCCUUCUCCCCAGUGCUGCUGCAGUUCUGCACAGACCCUCGCAACCCUAUCACCGUGAUCCGGGGCCUGGCAGGCUCCCUGCGGCUCAACCUGGGCCUCUUCUCCACCAAGACGCUGGUGGAGGCGAGUGGGGAGCACACCGUGGAGGUGCGCACGCAGGUGCAGCAGCCCUCCGAUGAGAACUGGGACCUGACGGGCACUCGGCAGAUCUGGCCCUGUGAGAGCUCCCGUUCCCACACCACCAUCGCCAAGUACGCACAGUACCAGGCCUCCUCCUUCCAGGAGUCCCUGCAGGAGGAGAAGGAGAGUGAGGACGAGGAGUCUGAGGAGCCCGACAGCACCACAGGAACUCCCCCGAGCAGCACCCCAGACCCGAAGAACCACCACAUCAUCAAGUUUGGCACCAACAUCGACCUGUCCGAUGCCAAGCGGUGGAAGCCCCAGCUGCAGGAGCUGCUGAAGCUGCCCGCCUUCAUGCGGGUGACGUCCACGGGCAACAUGCUGAGCCACGUGGGCCACACCAUCCUGGGCAUGAACACGGUGCAGCUGUACAUGAAGGUCCCGGGCAGCCGGACGCCAGGCCACCAAGAAAACAACAACUUCUGCUCCGUCAACAUCAACAUCGGACCUGGCGACUGCGAGUGGUUCGCGGUCCACGAGCACUACUGGGAGACCAUCAGCGCCUUCUGCGACCGGCAUGGCGUGGACUACCUGACUGGUUCCUGGUGGCCAAUCCUGGAUGACCUCUACGCUUCCAAUAUCCCUGUGUACCGCUUUGUGCAGCGCCCUGGAGACCUCGUGUGGAUUAACGCGGGGACCGUGCACUGGGUGCAGGCCACCGGCUGGUGCAACAACAUCGCCUGGAACGUGGGGCCCCUCACCGCCUAUCAGUACCAGCUGGCCCUGGAACGAUAUGAGUGGAACGAGGUGAAGAACGUCAAGUCUAUCGUGCCCAUGAUUCACGUGUCCUGGAACGUGGCUCGCACUGUCAAAAUCAGCGACCCUGAUUUGUUCAAGAUGAUCAAGUUCUGCCUCCUGCAGUCCAUGAAGCACUGCCAGGUGCAGCGGGAGAGCCUCGUGCGGGCAGGGAAGAAAAUCGCCUACCAGGGCCGGGUCAAGGAUGAGCCCGCCUACUACUGCAACGAGUGCGACGUGGAGGUGUUCAAUAUCCUGUUCGUGACCAGUGAGAACGGCAGCCGCAACACGUACCUGGUGCACUGCGAGGGCUGCGCUCGGCGCCGCAGCGCGGGCCUGCAGGGCGUGGUGGUGCUGGAGCAGUACCGCACCGAGGAGCUGGCCCAGACCUAUGACGCCUUCACGCUGGCGCCCGCCAGCACGUCGCGAUGAGGCCGGACGCCCUGCCCGCCCGCCCGCGUGGGGCGUCGCGGGGCCACCAGCACACGCCUGGGCUGGACCUAGGUCCCGCCUCGGGCCGGGAAGGGGUCGGGCCCAGCCCUUCCACCCCAUUGGCAGCUCCCCUCACUUAAUUUAUUAAGAAAAAGAAAAUUUUUUUUAAGCAAAUAUGAGGAAAAAAAGGAAAAAAAAAAAAAAAAAACGGGAGGCGGGGGAGGGGG